AUGUGUCAAGCAAUCAACCGCGAGAAAGUCGUUUCCCUGAGACAAAUGGCGGACGAGAUCCCGGCCGAACAGGAGCAAACCGAUGAGGCCAAAACCCUGUUCCAGCACGUCAAGGCAUGGGAAAACUUCGUCAAGAUACUCGAAUGGGUGGAGGACGAUAACCUCGAAGCGAUGAAGCGUGGCCCCAAGAGGUCUGCGUGGACUUCCUUCAAGAAGCUCUUGAGAAAGAAGAGCUCUGGUUCGGACACCCAGUGUAUGGAGCGCGGGACGAUGACCAACAAGGAAUACCGCCGCAAGCAGGCUGCCUUUCGCGCUGAGCUCAUCAAGGUCAGCAAUGCCCAGCAUCCCACCGACGAAGAUACCUUCUGGUGCCCGGUCGUCGGAACCUGGUUCGAUAAGGAACUGAUGCACGCCGUCCAACUGUUUCCUGACAUAUACAUACCGGACGUGAUGGACAGAAUCUUCGACAAGGGACGGCACACGGAGCUCUACACUCCCAAGAACGGGCUGUUUGUUUCGCACGUCAUUGAGAAGGCCUUCGACGCUGGAAAGAUCGCCAUCAUGCCGAACCUCCCUAACAACCCAUCAAUGGCUGCAUUCCUCGCCUGGGUCUGCCGAGAGUCACUCGAGUACAAGGUCAAAAUCAUGGACCCGACCUGGGAGAAACUCGACCAGCCGGUGACCCGUCGGAUGGAUAAGACAUGGAGGCAGCUUGACGGCCAGCGGCUGCAGUUCCGAUCAUCCUUCCGGCCUGCCUGGCGGUAUCUGGACUGGCAUUUCUGCGUGCAGAUACUGCGCUCUAUAUGGGCGUGCCGAGAUAUCGAAGGGGAGUUCAUCCGGGUGCCAAAAAGGCCUCGCAAGCGUUACUGGGGUGUUAGUACGCGCUGCCCCGGGGGUAAAGGUAUUCAGAGCGUGUUUGAUGAUCUUAGCGAAGGGUGCCAGGACCUCAUAGCCAAAGCCAGGAUUCGGCCAUACUGCGGGUCUACGAUACUUGCUCUGGAAGUGGCGUGCCGCCAGAUCACAACAGGAACAGAGCUGAAAGAUCCGGAUUGGAGGAGAUGCGAGAAUGAUAUUCUGGGAGAUGAGGAUGACACCGACGAGGAAGACGACGACGAAGAAGAUAGUGUCUGGGAGGCAGCCACAGAGGGCCUGGCCCCGUCGCACUGCUCCCACUGCCACGAGAAGAUCUAG